GGGAUGAAUUUUCUCCUCCAUUUUCAUUAGUGUUUCAUUCCAACCCGGGACCUGCGCGUAAGUUUGGGUAACUUUUAUUGUGAAGGAUCCGGGGCGGAAGAGAAGUUUGUGUUGUCGUUUUAGGCAGGCGGUUACAGGGUGUGGGUAUUACGCAGAGGAGAGGCACAUUUCAUUUGUCUGCAUUUUAGAGGAAGAUGUCCCGUUUCAAAAGGGCGGGUAAUGUGGACAGUCUGGCGGGCUUUCGAACCCCAAAACCGGAGGCAGCUGUUCCCUACGGGCUGCUAAGGACAGCCAGGAAAAGCGGCCAGCUCAAUCUGUCCGGCCGAGGCUUGACUGAAGUUCCUCAGAAUGUGUAUCGGCUUAACGUUGAUGAACCAGCGGAAGCCCAGGAGAACGUAUCGUUUGGAGGAUCAGAUUGCUGGUGGGAACAGACCAACCUCACCAAACUUCUGCUGUCAUCCAAUCAACUAACACAGAUGUCUGAAGACAUCAAACUCUUACCUGCACUAACUAUACUGGAUCUUCAUGACAACCAGCUGAGCAGUUUACCCAGAGCUCUUGGAGAGCUGCAGGAGCUUCUGCAGCUGCGACUAAGCCAUAAUAAGCUGUCAUCGCUGCCAACAGAGGUGUGUUCCCUGAACAACCUUCGUUCCCUCACACUGCAGCAGAAUCUCCUGGAAACUGUGCCAGAGGAAAUAGGAGAGCUGGGGAACCUGACAGAGCUGGAUCUGUCCAACAACCUUCUGAAGCGUCUGCCCUCCAGUGUUGGCCGUCUCUCAGCUCUGCAGAAAGUAUCCCUUUGUCACAACAAGCUGAGCAGUCUGCCUGACAGCCUGGGCCAGCUGGCAAACGUGAAGCUCCUGGACUGCAGCCACAAUGAGCUGACUGACGUUCCCGUCAGCCUGGCCGGGAUGCUGGCUCUGGAGCAGCUCUACCUGCGACACAACAAGCUACGCCGACUGCCGCAGCUGCCUGCACCCUCUCUCAGGGAAGUGUUUGCUGGGAACAACCGGUUGGAGCAGCUGGAGGCUGAGCAGCUGUCCUGUCUCUCUGCUGUGACUCUUCUAGAACUGAGAGACAACAAGAUCAGAAAUCUUCCUGAAGAACUCACCCUGCUGCUCACUCUGACCCGGCUGGACCUCACUAACAACGACAUCAGCACCAGUCUUCCCGCCUCUCUGAGCCUGCUGCCCAACCUGAAGGUGUUGCUGCUGGAGGGAAACCCUCUCCGUGGAAUCAGGAGGGAACUUCUGACUAAAGGAACUGGUGACCUUCUGAAAUAUCUAAGAGGAAGAAUUAAAGAGGAGGCUGAGGAAGCGGCUGAGCCCACUGCCAUGACGUUACCGUCUGAAGGUCUGGUCAACACGCACAACAUCAAAACUCUGAAGACGUUGGAGUACAGUAACAAACAGGCAGCCAGUGUUCCAGACGAGGUGUUUGAUGCUGCAGAUCAUCAGGCCGUCACCUCUAUUAACUUCAGCAGGAACCAGCUGACAGCUUUCCCACUCCGACUGCUGGAGCUCCGCUCCUCGCUGUCAGACAUCAACCUGGGCUUUAACAGGCUGAGCUGCUGUUCUGCUGACAUCUGCUCCCUCCAGCAGCUCACACACAUUGACCUCAGGAACAACCAGCUGACUGAUUUACCCUCUGAAAUGAAGAACCUUUCCAAACUACGAUGCAUUGUGCUAAACUACAACAGGUUCAACUCCUUCCCUGAAGCUUUGUAUCAGAUUGUAUCCUUGGAGACAGUGAUGCUGGGGAACAACCAGGUGGGUGGGGUAGAUCCCAGCCGUCUGAUGCAGCUGCUCAGUCUGUCCACCCUGGAUCUGUCCAACAACGACCUGCUCAGCGUCCCUCCUGAACUGGGCCUGUGUACCAGCCUCAGAUGCCUGAGUCUGGAAGGGAAUCCUUUCCGCACACCCAGAGCAGCCAUUGUUGCCAAGGGAACGGAUGCAGUGUUGGAAUACCUGCGCAGCCGCAUCCCUACAUGAGGCAUGAACUCACCUGAUGGUUCAGCAAAAAGGAUCAAAUCUUUUUUUCUUUCAAAAUUUAUCACAUUUUUAAAAGAUAUUUGUUGCCUUUGUUUGGUGCUAAAAUCCAGAGUUGUUUUUGUAAAAGUGGAAUUCCCAAAACCUUCUAAGAAGUUGUUUCAGGACAUAAAAAGCUCUCUCUCUUUUCAACUGUUUUGUGGUGUUCUUAUGUGAACUCUUUAAUUAUCAUAGUCAGAACUUUAUGGGUAGAAAAUAUUGCUAUCUUUUGAAUGAAUUAACCUUUCUUAUUUGACAUGUCAUGUCUUGAGAGCUCUGGUAAAAAUGGCAUACAAAACUAAAGACCAACCUAAUAAACACACAGCAAGUAUACACAUAUUUAUGCAUUGAAUUGAAAAUGAAUAAUGCCCUCAGCUGAUUAAUGAUUGAUGAUGGAGUAAUACUAAAUAUUACUAUAAACCUCAGAGGAGAACGUUGUUCACAUUGUCUCGAGUCUGUGAAUGAUGGCAUGGAGGCCUUCCAACCUCCAACACCGGAGUUCAUUGUGAAAUUGUCAAAAUACCAUGGGCAAUGUAAAAAAACAGGAAAAUGCCAAGGAUGAUUUUUUUUCCCCCCAAUGAUUAAUGAGAAGAGUACACAUCCGUUUCAAUAACCUGUCAGGAAAAAACAACAAUGCAUUCAUUCAGUAGGGAAAAUAAGUAUUUGACACACCACAGAUUUUCUAAGUUUCCCUCAUGCAGUGAUCUGUAAUUUUCACACUUCAACUAUGAGAAUGAAUCUAAAAAAAAAUCUGAAAAUGACAUUUGAUGUGAUGGGAAUUGCAUCAGUAGCUUUUGUAAUUAAUAAUUAUUAGUUAAAAUGUUAGUUGAUGGUAGGAUCUCAAAUCCACCCUGAAGAGUUCUUCAGGGCAGCACUGCAUCUAUUCUGUGUGACUUUUUAAAAGUGUUUCUAUAAAUUCAGCUAAUUUAA